UCCACAACCACAUAAGUAGGCAGUAGCACUUCAAGUAGUAUUCUAUUACACACACAUACACACACAUUUGUCUCCCUCAUCACUCUUUUUUCAAGAAUCUCUCCUAUUUCAACGACCCGCCACCAUAAACCUCCCCAACUCGCCGGAAAACCGCCAUGAACCGCCGUCAUUUGUCCAAAUUCUGGCACCCACCAACCGGUUUAACAUCUCCGGCCAAACCCAUUAAGUAAAAAUCAAAGCUUUACAGUCUUUUUGCUUAAAGAUCAAAACUUUACUUGCCUUUUGUGUUGUUAAUGGCUAGUACAACUACAGUGAGUCAAGAAAAUGAGCCCACUGAGUCGAACUCGGUGCAGGCUUCUAAAGAGGAAAUGGCUGCUAAAGCUGUGCAUAAAAGGUAUGAAGGGUUGGUAAUGGUGAGGACUAAAGCUAUUAAAGGGAAAGGAGCUUGGUAUUGGGCCCACUUAGAACCCGUUUUGGUUCAUAAUUCGGAUUCGGGUCUGCCCAAAGCAGCUAAGCUGAGGUGUUUGCUUUGUGAUUCUUUUUUUUCUGCUUCAAACCCAUCAAGAACUGCUUCUGAGCAUCUCAAAAGAGGCACUUGCCCUAAUUAUAAUCUGCUUCCGAAGCCCAUUUCGUCGGUUUCUACGUCCGACCCGGGUCAGAGUUCGGGUCUGGAUCCGGGUCGGGUCAAAAUUCCGGGUCCGACCCCUGUUGGGUUGCCUUCACCACCGCCUCAGACUAAGCCCCGGAAGCGUAAUUCUUGUUUUUCCGGGGGGCGUUCGGGUGCUCGAGGCGGCGGUGCCAGCGGUAGUGGUAGUGGCAGUAAUGCUGGUGCAUAUCAAGUGUCGCCUGUUGAUAUUGUUGAUCCUGCAAGGCUGUCAGUUGAGUUGGGGUAUUCUCCGGUGACAGUGGCGGCGACUGGUGGUAGUAGUAUUGUGUUGUACAAUCAGCAGCCUCAUCAGCAUUCGGCAUUGUCGGGCGGGAAGGAGGAUUUGAGUGCAUUGGCUAUGUUUGAGGAUAGUGUAAAAAAGCUCAAGAGUCCAAAAGCAUCUCCUGGUGUAAGUAAGAUUCAAAUUGAGUCAGCAUUUGAUUAUUUAGCUGAUUGGGUCUAUGAAUGUUGUGGGUCAGUUUCAUUUUCAUGUUUAGACCAUCCUAAGUUUAAGGCAUUUCUUAAUCAUGUUGGUUUACCACCGAUUUCCCAACAAGAAUUGAGUGGGGAGAGGUUAGAUGCUAAAUAUGAGGCAGCUAAGGCAGAAUCUGAGGCAAGAAUUCGUGAUGCUAUGUUCUUUCAGAUUGCUUCUAAUGGUUGGAAAUCAAAGAGUUAUGGCAGUGUUGGAAAUGAAAAUUUGGUUAAUUUGGCUUUGAAUCUUCCGAAUGGGACUAGUGUGUUUCGUAAAUCAGUUUUUACUAGUGGGUAUGUAUCGUCUAAGUUUGCUGAGGAGGUUUUAUGGAAAGCGAUUUUAGAAAUUUGUGCUAAUAAUGUGCAGCAGUGUGUAGGUAUAGUUGCUGACAAGUUUAAGGCCAAGGCCUUGAGGAAUUUAGAGAAUCAACAUCAUUGGAUGGUUAACCUUACUUGCCAGUUUCAAGGGUUUAAUAGUUUGAUUAAGGACUUGAGCAAGGAACUUCCGAUAUUUAAAAAUGUGUCCGAGAAUUGUUCACGAUUAGCUAUUUUUAUCAAUAGCAAGUCUCAAGUUCGGAAUAUUUUUUACAAAUAUCAGUUGCAGGUAUAUGGACAUGUUGGUCGAUUGAGGGUACCCUAUCAAGGAUAUGAAAGAUUGGAUUUUGGACCUGUAUACACCAUGGUUGAAGACAUACUAAGUUCUGCUAGGGCACUUGAGUUAAUGUUGGAUGAUGAAUCAUAUAAAAUAAUUUCUAUGGAAGAGCCACUUGCUCGAGAAAUUGAGAAGAUGAUGAGGAAUCCCCAGUUUUGGAAUGAAAUGAAUGCAGUGCAUUCGUUAGUCAAACUUAUUAAAGCAAUGGCUCAGGAAAUUGAAACGGAGAGACUGAGAGUAGGACAGUGUCUUCCACUUUGGGAUGAACUUAGGAUUAAAGUGAAGGAUUGGUGUUCUACUUUUAAAAUUGGUGAAGGAUUGGUGGAAAGAGUGAUCGAGAGGAGAUUCAGAAAGAAUUAUCACCCAGCUUGGGCUGCUGCAUUUAUACUUGAUCCAUUGUACUUGAUCAGGGAAUCAAGUGGGAAGUACUUGCCGCCAUUCAAAUACUUGACACCGGAACAAGAGAAGGAUGUGGACAAGCUCAUAAUCCGACUUGUUUCUCGAGAGGAGGCUCACAUUGCACUGAUGGAGCUUAUGAAAUGGAGAACAGAAGGACUUGACCCGGUGUAUGCUCAGGCUGUACAAUUGAAGCAGAGAGACCCGAUAACUGGAAAAAUGAAAAUCGUUAACCCCCAUAGCAGCAGACUUGUGUGGGAAACUUACCUAUCCGAGUUCAAAUCACUGGGAAAGGUCGCAGUAAGACUUAUCUUUCUCCAUGCAACCUCAUUUGGGUUCAAAUGCAAUAUAUCUCUAUCAAAAUGGGCAAGUAGCAAUGCACAUUCUAGGGAAGGAAUAGAGAGGGCUCAGAAACUUUUAUUUAUUGCUGCUCAUUCAAAGCUGGAGAAGCGGGACCUUUCACAGGAAGAAGAUAAGAAUGCUGAGCUUUUUACCAUGGCAAAUGGUGAGGAUGAGAUGCAAAAUGAUGUUUACAUUGAUACAUCCACCGUUUAGCGUUCAUACCCCUAUCGCUAUCCCCGCCUAAUUUUGAAUUUUAAAUUUAGGGUUUGAAAAGACAAAAGUUGUGGUAGGUACUUAGUACUUGUUAAUCUCUAACUUCAGAUUAUCUGGAAGUGAAAUAUAGUAGGAACAUUCUAUAUUCAGUUGCUGCACAGCCUAAAGCAACUGCUUAUCUCAUUAUAAGUGUGCUGGUAUUCUUUUUUAAUGUUUGUGAAAGCAACAAAUGCAGUGACACAUACAUUGCUAAAAUUGUUGUUUAUACAUAAUUAUUUUUUCCUGGUGAUUAUUUACCAAAUGCAUAUGAGAUUUAUAUUUUUA